UUGUUAGGGUUUUAUGAGAGCAGACAUUUUGGAGACAAUUUGAAUAUUUGGGGCUUAUUUCGAGAGCUAAUGCCAUGGAUAAAUAAAAGGGAAGAAAAUUGAAACAGCCCGCUUGAAAAAACAUAGCGACAGGCAAUUGAUUUCAAAUACAUUAACCCCCAUGCCACACUGAAUAAAUUUCCAAAUAUAAAUCGGGACUCUGUCGGAUGUCAAGCAUAACUUCAAACGAUCAAUACCAAUCACUUAUUGAGAAAUUUUAGUUCCUUCAGACAAGGUUAGCAAGCUUCUUUCUCCAGCAGUAUGGCGAUGAAAAGCCGAUUCUCUGAUGUUCAGAUUCCCGAGAAUCUUUCAUGGCCCGAGUUUGUUUAUGAAAGGUUUGACGAGUUCGGCGACAGGACCGCAAUUAUCGAUGGCGCCUCUGGUCAUUCCUACACGUUCACUCAACUUAAAACUCUCACUGAAAAAUUCGCUUCGUCUCUGAUCAAGAGAGGCUUCCAAAAAGGAGAUGUUCUGGCAAUAUACCUUCCAAACGUUCCAGAAUACCCCAUCAUUUUCUAUGGUGUUGCUUACACUGGCGGGAAAGUAACCACAGUCAACCCACUCUACACUGCUGAAGAACUUGAGAGACAACUGCAGGACACCCAAGCUAUUUAUCUUGUCACCAGUCCUCCAUUCCUCGACAAGGCCCAAAAGGCGUGCAAGGUACUAGGUAAAAUCAGAAAGAUCUUUGUCGUUGGUGGUGAAGGUUCUGACGACUGUGAAGCGGUUUCUUCUUUGCUUGAUGACGAUGGUUCCAGUUUUCCAACUGAGUGCAUGGUGGACAAAGAUGAUGUUGUCACCAUGCCGUAUUCAAGUGGUACCACAGGACUACCAAAGGGAGUUAUGAUUACCCAUCAUAGUAUGAUCGCAAACACGUGCAUCAUUGAAGCAGCCAAAGUCUUCGUAAUCGACCAGAGCUCUGUUGUCAUGACGAUUCUUCCGUUUUAUCACAUCUAUGGCCAGCUUGUAAUGAUGGGUAUGGCCUUACAUCAAGGCGGCAAACUUGUCGUCCUGCAAAGAUUUGAGCCCGAACCAUUCUUAAAGACGAUGCAAGAUCAAAAGGUGACGAAUGCACCAAUAGUUCCUCCCAUAAUACUUUUCCUGGCCAAACAUCCCAUGGUUGACAAGUUUGACUUGACAAGCGUUGAAGAGGUGACAUCUGGAGCAGCGCCAAUGGGUAAAGGACUUGAAGAAGCUCUCAUCGAACGGAUGCCUAAACUAAAAUGCGUCCGACAAGGGUUUGGAAUGACAGAGGUGCUUAUCACGCACGUGCAGCCCGGAGGAGAAAGGAAGUCGGGAAGUGUUGGUGUCCUUCUCCCUAACUUGGAAUGUAAGAUUGUGGAUGUCACAACCGGCGCUGUUCUUGGUCCAAGUCAGGACGGCGAGAUUUGUUUAAGAGGACCGACAAUAAUGAAAGGGUAUCUCAAUAAUCCUGAAGCUACCGCCCGAAUGGUAGAUAAAGACGGAUGGGCGCACACGGGUGAUAUUGGACAUUAUGACGAAGAUGGUCAUUUCUUUAUCGUGGACAGGUUGAAAGAACUCAUCAAGUACAACGCAUUGCAGGUCGCCCCGGCAGAACUCGAAGCCUUGUUGAUUUCACAUCAGAAAAUCGACGACGCAGCCGUAAUAGGUGUCCCGGAUGAGAAGGCAGGAGAGCUGCCGAAGGCCUUUGUUGUUCCUAAAGGGGACAUUACUCCUGAAGAAAUCGCCGAUUUUAUCGCACAAAGGGUGGCUCCCCAUAAGAAACUAAGCGGCGGAGUGGAAUUUAUCGAAAAGAUUCCCAAGUCUGCAAGUGGCAAAAUUUUACGAAAGGAUUUAAGAAAAAGAGAAUCGGAACGAACAGAUAAAUCGUGACCUGCGGCCUUUCUUAAACAGUAACCUGUAGAUUUGCAUAUGCGGUAGGUUUUCGCACUUUUUUUAGUUUUGUACUUCCAUUGCGAUGAUUGUGGUUAAAGUUUGUCAUGGUUUUAUGAGUAAUUAUAUUCUCCCAAAGAUUUUUUCUAUAGGAUUUUUAUAAUGAUAAUCACACCCUUACCAGAACUAGACGCUGUGAAGCGUUAGCUCGAGUUUCCUUGGGGAUCUCUUGUGUAAUAAAUAGGCGAUUUUACAUGCGAGGUUGUAAUAAUUAGUGUGCGUAACUGGAGGUUUGUUGGAGAGCGCCUGAGCUGAGUUGAGAAGCCGCAAGGAGAAUAAAGAACAAAAACCUUGGGACUGUU